GAGAGAGAGAGAUAGAGAGAGUGGCACCGGCACCGGACACCGGCCCACAGCGCGCGCGCCUCCGGACCCGGACCACGACCACAGUGGGUGUGAGGGAGAGCGGCACCAGCACCGUUACAGGUACAGGUGACCCUUUUGCAAUGUACAGAAAGAUGGGACUGCUGAUCUGGGUUUCGGUGUGUUUUACACUCGCUCACGUGGCCUUACACACAGAUUCCAUAGCAGUGAUGUCAGUUGAUUUGGGCAGUGAAUGGAUUAAAAUUGCCAUAGUGAAACCAGGUGUUCCAAUGGAGAUCGUAUUAAACAAGGAGUCAAGAAGGAAAACUCCAGUUGCUGUUGCUUUAAAAGAAAAUGAACGGCUUUUUGGGGACAGUGCAGUGGCUAUGUCAGCGAAGAAUCCAAAGGUUGUAUUCCGCUACCUCCAGAAUCUCUUGGGAAAACUGUUAGAAAACCCACAAGUGGAGCUGUACAGGAAACGUUUUCCCGAGCACCAGCUGGUGGCAGCCGAGCCACGAGGAACUGCGCUCUACAAAGUGUCUGACGAAUUAUAUUAUUCUCCUGAGGAAUUAUUGGGGAUGGUUCUCAAUUACUCAAGAAUUUUGGCUCAGGAUUUUGCAGAGCAACCAAUUAAGGAUCUGGUGAUCACAGUGCCUGUCUUUUUUAACCAAGCGGAAAGGAGGGCAGUUGUACAAGCUGCUCAGAUGGCAGGCCUCAAGGUCCUUCAACUCAUCAAUGAUAACACAGCUGUAGCCCUGAACUAUGGUGUGUUUCGGAGGAAGGACAUUAAUGCCACAGCCCAGAAUGUGAUGUUUUACGACAUGGGGUCGAGCAGCACCACUGCCACCAUUGUUACUUACAUGACGACAAAGACAAAGGAUUGGGGAACACAGCCCCAGCUCCAGAUCAGAGGGAUCGGUUUUAAUCGAAAUCUGGGUGGACUUGAGAUGGAACUACGCCUGCUGGAUCACCUUGCCAAAAUCUUCAAUGGAAAAAAGCAAACAUCCAAAGAUGUUCGUGAGCAUCCAAGAGCAAUGGCCAAGCUAUGGAAGGAAGCAAAUCGUGUGAAAACGGUACUAAGUGCAAAUUUCGAUCACACAGCACAGGUCGAGGGACUACUUGAUGAUAUUGACUUCAAGGCCAAAGUAACAAGACAAGAAUUUGAGGAGCUUUGCAGUGAUUUGUUUGAGAAAGUUGCAGACCCUGUACAUCAGGCCUUAAGAAUAGCUGAGAUGAAAAUAGAAGACAUUGAUCAUGUGAUUCUGGUGGGUGGAGCAACACGAGUUCCUAAAGUACAGGAGGCCUUACUAACAGCUGUUGGAAAAAAGGAGUUGGGAAAGAAUAUAAAUGCUGAUGAGGCAGCAGCAAUGGGAGCAGUGUAUCAAGCUGCUGCCCUGAGCAAAGCCUUCAAGGUCAAACCCUUCCUCAUCCGUGAUGCAGCCCUCUAUCCUAUUCAGGUUGAAUUCACACGAUCGGUUGAAGAGGAUGGUGUAAAAAACAUUAAACAUAACAAGCGUGUGCUAUUUCAGCGAAUGUCCCCAUAUCCCCAGCGCAAAGUUAUCACCUUCAAUCGUUACACUGAUGACUUUGAGUUCUUUGUUAAUUAUGGGGACAUGGGCUUCCUCUGUGAACAUGACCUCAGUAUAUUUGGAUCAUUGAACCUGACAACCGCUCGAUUAAGUGGUGUUGGUGCGAGCUUCCAGAAGCAUUCCAAUGCUGAGUCUAAAGGCAUUAAAGCCCAUUUUAACAUGGACGAAAGUGGAAUACUGGCACUAGAUAGGGUAGAAGCUGUGUUUGAGACGAUGCAGGAUGGGGAACCAGAGGAGGAGUCGACCUUGACCAAACUUGGAAACACAAUUUCCAGCUUGUUUGGAGGUGGGAGCUCUGAAGCAGAUGGGAAGGAGAAUCUGACUGAAUCUGUACAGGACGAAGAGGAAAUCACAAGUAAAAGUGAGAAAGAAACACAGGAAGAGUUGGAGACACUGAUAGGUAAAGCGACAUUCUCUGGACAGGACAGCAAGCACCCAGAGGAACAAGACGAUGAGCAAACUGAGGAGAAACAAACUGAAGAGACUAAAAAAGGAGAGAACAAAUCUGAAAAGUCUGAAACUCCAAAUGACCAACCAGAUGAUGCUGGGAAAGAGGAGGCGAAAGAUCCGGAACUGAAUAAAACUGAGGAGUUGCAGAAGCCGAAGGCACCUAAAAGGCUGAAGAUUAGUGAGGAUGUGACUGUCUAUUUGGAAGUAAAGGACUUGCCUGAUCUUUCACAAGACGAGAUGAGUCAAUCACAGAAGAAGCUUCAGGAUCUCACAGAUCGGGACCAUCAGAAACACGAGCGUGAAAAAGCAGCUAACUCAUUGGAAGCUUUCAUCUUUGAAACACAGGACAAGCUGUACCAAGAAGAAUAUCAGCUGGUCUCCACUCAAGAUGAACGUGACAAGAUUUCUGGUAAACUUAGUGCGGCUUCCAACUGGCUGGAUGAGGAUGGAUAUACUGCCACUACAAAGGAACUGAAAACUAAGCUUUCUGAGCUACGCAAACUGUGCAAGGAUCUCUUUUUUAAAGUAGAAGAGAGGAGGAAGUGGCCAGAUCGCCUGGCCGCAUUAGACAGCAUGCUCAAUCACUCCAGCAUCUUCCUCAAAGGAGCAAGUCUCUUACCAGAAGAUGAUCAGAUUUUCACAGAAGUGGAAUUAAACACUCUGGAAAAGGUCAUCACGGAGACCUCUACAUGGAAGAACACAACUGUAAAGGAACAGAAUAAUCUACAGUCCACAGAAACGCCCGUCUUGCUCUCUAAGGACAUAGAAGCAAAGCUGGCUCUCUUGGAUAGAGAAGUCAAAUACUUGCUUAAUAAAGCCAAGUUUGCUAAACCCAAGCCACGGAAAAGUAAGAAUACUACAACACAAGAAGCACAAAAUGCAACGCAGGAGGUGAAGAAUGCAACAGCCGCUGAGAGUGACAAGAAUAUACCACCUGUGAAAGAGACAGAGGAAGACACAGAAAGUAAAGAAGCGAAGCCUGGAGAGGCUCCACCUACAGCAAGCCCAACUGAAAAAGCCACUUCUGAGGGUGAGGAGGCAACAUUACCAGAGCCAGUAGAGACUGAAUCUAGUGAAGGCACAGUUGAAAAGAAACCAGAAAGCAAGCCAGACAAACACCCUCCAGAUGAGUUGUAACCCCUCCUGGGUCAUUCACCGGCUCUAUUUAUAUUACAUUACUUUUUAUGUAAUGGACCACUUUGCCAUAAUUUAACAGACAAUGAAAUGUGAUUGGAUCAGAGGUGUACAUUUUCCUUUUAUAAAAAAAAAAAGAACUGGAUUUCCCUGUGACAGACUUUGUUGAAGAGUUUUACUUGUAACACCAGGUACAGUUCAAACCACAAUUAUUGUAGUGACCAGUAAGAGGCAGUGUUUGCAGGAUGGAUGUUAAUGUUUAAGGGAAUUUCAAAAUAACCAAGUUGUUGGAAACCUAAGUGUAUCUUUGUGUUCAUUUAGUCUUUUUUUUACUGGUUAUAAGUGGACUUAUUGCACUGAAUUGAAUAAGUUAAUAUUACUUUAAAUUGGAGUUGGGGGGGGUGGGAUUUGGUUGUGGACUUGGUGUGAAGCUGCAUCAUUAAAUCAAAAUCGAAUUGCCCUGGAAUUUAUUCUAUUCCUUGAAGACUUUUUUUUUAACGAUCGGGAGGGGAUGGUGGGGGAUCGUGGGAUGUAAUCAUCUAACCAAUGGUAUACACAGAAUAAAUGGAGUAUUUUCCACACUCUUUGUAAAAAAAAAAACACAUGCUGAUGGCUUGCAUUAUAGUGACCCGGGGACUCCAAAUGUGUCCCCGACCAACCAAUUAAGUGUCAGGGGUCCAUUUAAAAAAAAAUGAAUGCAACUUGGCAACUGUGGGAUUCAAAUAAACAAAUUAAUCCAUAAUUGUGCUGGGGAAUUUGAGUUUGAUGCCAUGCUACAACUUCAAUGGGUAAAGGGUGUCGGACUGGCACAGCUUCACUAUUUAUUUACACCUUGCUGAUUGACUUGAGUGUUGAGAGUUUGUUGUCUCUCUGGCCCCACCCCCACCACCUUAUAUUCACUAAUGAAAGAUAUAGAAUCAGGACAUGUAAAAUAAAUAGUUCAGCUAGUCGCCUUAAUCAGUUCACAAGGCCUCUUGUCCACCAGGACACUUCACGUUGCCAGUUCAUGAUUUAUUAUGUAAUACCAGUCUGACUGGGAGGUAAGUCUGUUUGGCAGAGGCUGUGGCAUUCUGUGCCGAGUUACCUGCGUUAGGUUUCACAGGCGAAACUAUGUUCAUCUGGUUGCAUUGAAGCAUGAUUUUGUCCUUGCUUACAGUAAAUAGCUUGUGGCGACAUUUUCUGUUCGAACGUUGCUCUGCAGGUAAACCACGUGCUCCUGAAUUAUCCAUCUUAUUUGUUACUCCUAAUUUGUUUUGUGAAACAAAAAGGAUUUGAAUAGUGGAAUUUUAAAGGCACAUGUUUGGGUCUGAUGUCUAGAAUCUCUGGGUUGAACUUGACCUCCCAACAUCUGAUAUUUCAGGACAGACUGUCAAAGUCGUGGUUUGCUGAAACUCCAUUAUAUAAUUACAUGUGGCAGCAGAAAGAUUUUUUCUCCUAUUUUUUGGUGCGGGAGUGCUGUCUUUUACCAGCUCUGAAUAGUUUUAUUUUGUGCAUUGUUCUAUUAAGCUGCUGUUUUUGGUCACGAACCUGUGUGUGUGUUUCUGUUUUGUGUUCCUGAAUUAAUUCAGUGUUGUUUUUGGACUCCACUCCAAAGGAAAAUCAGUAAUGCCCUAUCCAUCAUCUUUCCAUUAUGGAAGGAUGUGGUUUUCUUAAACUGCAUCUAGUCUGUUGAAGGUGAGUUACUGGAGGCUGGUCUCCAGUUUAAAUUUUCGGGAAAUUUAUCGUCCAACUAACAGUGUCGAGAUGCCUCUCUAGUCUUUCUGCAAUCCAGUUUCCUCCAAGCUGAUGGCCUGAGAACUAAUCGCACCAGAAUAGAGGAGAUGACCACUCUAGUGGGUUUGGACUGUACUUUCUGAAGUUCAGUGUUUCAUCAUUGUUUUAUCACUGUUUUUGUUGUAAGUUAGAUUAAUAGUGGGUUUCCCCCAUGCUCUUGGUGUUCUUGGAAGCAUAAUUUCAAAAAAAUAUUGAGAAAGAUAUUAGAUCACCAGCUGAUGAUGCUGUGAUGCGGUAUAACUUGAACAAUGGGGGUCAAAGUAAAUUGGGACCAGUGAUAGCACUUGUGGUUCUUGUCAAUUAGAUUGUCUCUGACUAAAGUUGGGUGCUGUUUCUGCACAUGAAUGUCUGAAAACAACCAGACUCAUCAAGCACCCAUUAUGUUUAUCUGCACUGUUCCCUCUCUCAAUAAAAUGAUUUUUCUGAAUUUGUUAGUAGCUGGCUGCACAUUGUACCUUCUGUUCAUAACUAAGCUGAGAAGAUAUCUAUCAGUGAGAUUAUAUAAUGCUCUCAAUUUGGGCAGAAUUGUUUCUUUUUGCUGACUCUUUGUUCUUCUAGCAUGAGUUGUUAUCCUGGGCUAGUUAAUUCUAAGAUGGUUUCGACCCAUUAGGUUAUCUAAUUUGUAACCCAUCAUCUUAUUAGGACUUUGGCCCAACUGAGAAUCAAAGGCCUUGUGUGGGUUAACCUCGAACUGAGGUAAAUCCGGCCCAUCUGUCGAACAUGUCCAUGACAGCCCUCAUAGUUCUCCAUUACUGCAUUAAACGGCUGCCUACUUCUGUGCCCUUGCUGUCUGGCCUGCCUGAAGUUCACCUAAAACAUGUUUAAUUGGCAAUACUUGUGAUCUGCUGCAUCAGCACCAUGGCAGAUGUCCUGCUCUUUCAAGCAGCACUUGAAUGUAAAAUAGUUUGUAUUAAAGGAGAUGCUGGCUUUUUAUAACUAGUUCCUCAAUGCAAGGUGGGGAAAUGGGCAGAGUAGGGAUGUAUUUUGUCCAAGAUUACACAUUCCUUUAAACGUAUAACAUUGGAAACGUUGUGCCAUACACCUGACGCUAGAAUGUUUCUUAUUUAUUACCGUUGUUAAUAGUUUGGGCUUCAGUGCCAACUCUUGCCCAUUAAGAAAACCUAAUGUGGGCACGUGUUAUUGACGUGUUUUUUUGACUUGACUCACUUUCCAGGUAUUUUUCAACUACUUCGGAACUACCUUGAUUACCUAACCCCAAAGAUCUGGGAUUGUAUUACUAAUUGCCUGCUACCCAAACAAUAGCCAGUCUUCUCAGUUGCAAACAAAAAUGUGUUAAAUCAAUUUGUGGCUGAAGGACAGGUGAUACCAUCAGGUGUUUGGUGACUUGAAGGCAAAAGUGAUUAAGGACAUAUUGCAUCUGAUUUAGAGUUGAACAACAUGGCUGACUCACAGAUAUUAUAACUACUUUGUCUGCUGAAAUGCAGAGUAAUUUAAAUGCCAAGCUUUCCUAAAACGUUUGAAAUCUGCAAAUACUGUUGUUUCGUUUUCAUCCAGCUACAAAGAAUUGGUUCAAUCAGCAAUGCCACAUUCAAAAUAUCAGAUGCAGCAGAAGGCCUCAGUUUGAUCUGCCUGCAUUACUAGUCAUUCAGUGGAGGCCAGAUAGCACUUGAUGUACAGAUUGUUAAGUGCUGGGGACAGUAUAUCCUUGCAUAGAUUUAAUAGGUAACAUGCAUCUGAAAGUUCCAGCAAUAAAGGCUUUGGUUUAAA